AGUGGCUACAAAGCUAUUAUUCUCAUUCCAACAUGGCGGCAACUUUGGAGACGUAUGUAAAUCAUACCGUAGCAGUUAUUACACAAGAUGGAAGAAUGAUUGUGGGAACCCUCAAAGGGUUUGAUCAGACAGUGAAUUUAAUUUUGGAUGAGAGCCAUGAGAGAGUGUUCUCAUCAGGGAGUGGAGUGGAGCAAGUAAUGCUGGGUCUUUACAUCAUAAGAGGAGACAAUAUUGCUGUCAUAGGAGAAAUAGAUGAGGAAGCAGAUUCUAACCUAGAUUUGAGUAGUAUUCGUGCUGAUCCACUUAAUGCUGUAGUUUACUAAGAACCUGUCCGAUGAGCUUGCUCUUCAAUGAACUUGAGGUGCUGGUCACAGAGGGAUGAAGAAGAAGAAUCAACAUGGACUCAACACAUCAGUGAACUAAAUUAAUUUACCAAACUGUUAUGUUGUGUUGAGAGUGUAAGAGAGCCACAUAAAACCCCUUUCUUGAGAGAAGAAAUGAUCAUGGCUUAGUUUGUAGAAUAGUGAACCAUUUUAUGACAGUUGUAAGUUGUGUUGGCAACAAUCUUUAUUGUUUAUACUGGGGACCUCGUCAAGAGAGUUCUGAGAGGCAGACUAUUUGAAUUCUGAAGGGAAGUAUCAGGAAUAAAUAGAUAUAACCAGGUACUUACUUUAAGAAUAACUUUCGGAGCAACCAAAUCACACAAUUUCUGCUGAAAAGUUGAAUGGUCUGCUUUCACCUUAAUUUAUGACAGAUGUUUGCAUGUUCCCAUGCCACAAGCUUUAGUUUGCCAACUAGCUAAACGAUUGUGAAAGAAAAGUGGGCAAUUUACAUGGGUAAAUUGGUAUCAUAAGUUGUAGACACAGGGCUGUCUUUUCCUCUGAAUGCAACUAUGGUUAAUACAAAGGGUAGAUUUCACCAUUCUCUUCACUACAAAUUCAACCUAAGCUUAUGUAAAUAGACCCAACAUGCAAUUUCCCUUGUGAUCUCUGCCCUGGGGUUAAUUACCAAGGUCACCCACAAACCUUUAGCUGCUGUUGUUAGCUUUACUUUACUGAAACAUUGUAAAAGAACUUCUCGAUUGUAGCCCAAAACAUAAAUUAAAAAGUCAUAAGUGCAAGACAUUUACUGUAAUUGUAGUGGUAAUGAAAUUUAAAAGUAUUUUGAAAACCA